CCGCCGGCCGGCCGCGCUCCCCACCUUGCCUGCACCCGCGCGAGCCGAGCCCUUCCCCACCGCACCGAAGGUCCAGAGAGAGCGAGAGAGAGCGAGCGAGCGAGAGAGAGUGAGAGAGAGAGAGUGGCCGCGGCGCGCCGACGGAGCGGACAUGGGCAGAGCCAUGGUGGCCAGGCUGGGGCUGGGGUUGCUGCUGCUGGCGCUGCUCCUCCCCACGCAGAUUUAUUGCAACCAGACAUCUGUUGCGCCAUUUUCAAGUAACCAGAACAUCUCUGCUGACCCAAAUCCAACCAAUGCCACCACCAGAGCGGGUGGCAGCACCCUGCAGUCGACAGCUGGCCUCCUCGCCCUGUCACUCUCUCUUUUACACCUCUACUGCUAGAGACUCAGGCCAAGAGACGUCUCUACUUCCCCAUCUUCUAGACCCCACCCCAAAUGGCAACCACAAGUCCGGCGUGACCAGGAAGAAACAGCUCCACAUCAAAUCUGCUAUUACCACACCUCAACAGAAAACACUGAGAAUUCCAAAUUUGGCUGGUUCAGAAGGACAUGUGAAGAGUCUGAGAGAUGAUCAAUGCCAAUAUUGAAUCUGCUGAAGUUUUGUGUUCGAGAUGAAGACUGACAGCAUCCAAAAUUGACAUGAUUUCCUAGAAUGUGGCUUAGGAAAUGUGGAACACUUAAAACUCUAACUUGAAAUCAGGCAUAGGUUUUAGGUAGAGAUAAGGAUGGGCUGUGGAAUGGAGAAUCAUUUCUUCUCAUUGGUUCAUUCAAGCCAUAAGGCCAUAACACAGUUAAGUGAUAUUAUAAAAAGCUUCUCUGAUGCUAUUUAUCUAUGUUGGAUGGAACUACCAGGUGUUACUUUAAGUCCUCAAUGUAUUGUUUCAUUACUACUAAUUUAAUAUGCUCAACUCUGGGCAAAGCUCCACAUUGUUGAAUUAUCACUGUUCUCUCUGGAACGGAACAUUUUAGCCCCUCCUUCUUUGGCUUUAGGCUUGACAUUAUAUUUGACCUUUAUUAGCAAUUGACAUGUGCCAGGCAGUGAUGGAUUGGAACCCACCUCCAGAUCCAGGCACCACUGAAUAAGUCUUAUUUCAAAAGUCACAUAGCAGGUGUUUUCCAUCAUCUUUUUCCACUUAGCGAGAGGACCAGAGUCAUUUAAGUAAACUGGUUCCAGACAGCAGAAUAAUGAUCACCUCAGCUAAUUUCAAAAUGCUGCUUUUUAUUUCUGCUUAGGUUGAGGGUUUUUUAUAAUUUAAAGUGUGGCUUGUUAGGAAGGCAAAUUUAUGAAUCUUGAAAUUCUAAAGGCAAAUAUGCAAAGGAGCCAAAACUGGAAACCCAGCACUUGGGACGUGAAGAUUGGAAGCUAACUCUCAUUGAAUUCACAAAGUCUUUUAUACAAUUUCUGUAAAUACUUUUUUUUUUUAAAAGAGAAAAAUAAAACAGUGGAUCAGAAUAGCCACAUUUGGAAUACUUUGGUUAUCAGUUCAUCUUUCUAGAUAGUUUGACAUUGGUCCUGUGCCUGAAAGUCGGCUUGGUUCUGCAGUAAGUUUUUCUUCAACAGCCUUGAUACACACAUACCUUCUAAAACAGAAAUUCCUUGAAAAAAAAAUCUUUUGUUCGCAUGGUCACACACUGAUGCUUACACGUUCUGGGAUCUAACACGGCCACAGUAGUCUUGAUAACAGAGUCAUUUUUAUCCAUCUUUAGAAACCCACCCAGGAACAAGGAGACCUCACAGACCCGAAGCUAUUGUGUGUGUGAAUGAACACUCCCUCUUGCCUCGUACCUGAAUGCUGUACAUCUAUUUGAUUGUAUAUUGUGUUUGUGUAUUUAUGCUUUGAUUCAUAGUAACUUCUCAUGUUAUGGAAUUGAUUUGCAUUGAACACAAACUGUAAAUAAAAGGAAGAAAUGGCUGAAAAA